AUGGUGGCCGUAGUCAACGCCCAUUUUGGAAAAUUGUAUGUUUUUUGUGGCUAUCUGCCACCAUUUCCUCGAGGGGUUCCCUCGCGUAGUCACGCCGCAAAGCAGCCAUUGCCACAGAAAUCUUUGGUCACAUGUUUCCUCCAAAGUCAACCCCUUCCAGAUGGAGUCCCCGUUCUCCCGAACAGCAGCUAUUACGAUAAGUAUCUAAUAGCCCGAUUACAGAAUACAAGUUGCGUAUAUUCUCAAUUUCUGAAAAGGCAUGUUCUUUUGUUUUUCCCUACUUGGGGAUACGAAUCAACAAGAGGAUUAAAUGGUGGGUCAUCUGAUGGUUUGCCAAUUCCUCCAUUCUCUGAGCUCAUGACGACUCCGAAAGAGAGAUGGUCUUCGGAUGGUGAAAACUUUGGCUUUAGUUGGGACAAAAUAACCAGAUUUGUUGGACGAAAUUUAGGAUCUCCUUUUAAUCUCCAAAGUUGUGGUGUUUGUGCAAAGCUUUUAACUGAGAGAUCCUCGUUGGGCAUCCAAAAAGUAAUAGCUAGCAAUGAACUUAGUGUGGUUGCUGUUUUGAUUUGUGGACAUGCUUACCAUGCUGAAUGCUUGGAAUAA